AUGAAAAGAAAGAUACGCAGUACACAUGAGGAGAAGAAUAAUGCUUCUCUAUGGCACAUAACAUUACGUAUAAUACAAGGAAGAGAUUUACCAAAUGGCAAGUUACGCAUUAGAGCCAUGCUUCAAGAACAACAGAAGGCUACUCGUCUCGCAAUGGAGUCAAACCCAGUAUGGAAGCAAAACCUAGCUUUCACAUUGUGUGAGAUGGACUCCGCUAAUGUUUCCGAACAAUUCAUUAACCUGAAAUUGACGAAAGCCUCGAAGUUUAAUGAGAAAGCCAUAGCUCACUGGGAAUUACCAUUAUCUUCUAUAAUGGAGUUGAAAGAUCGUACUCUUGAUUCAAAGUGGAUAGGUUUACGUAGUUGCAAUGAUGGAGAUCAAGAGGAUCAUUGCGGAUUCCUAAAAGUGUCAGUGUCUAUCCAAAAUGGGCUGGAGAGCCCAAAACCUCUGGUGGAUGAUCUCAGCUCUCACGACGUUUGGUUCACUUCAGCGCAAGAACAUUAUAGUUUAAGGUUCCGACUUUUCCGUAUCACCCAUUUGGCACCUGACGUGAUAGAUAUGUUCAAAAAGAAAAAAAAACUUUUUGAAAAAGUUUUUAUUGAGGUUUCUGCUGGGGAGCAGUCUAUAAAAACUGCUCUUUUUGAACUCGGUCAUGCUGAUUCGCCUGAUCACUAUUUUGAAAUUAAAAUGAAUCAAGAUUUAUUCUUGUGUUUUGUGUGGCCUUCUGUUCUAUCGAAGAUUGCACUCAGAUUCUAUGGAACCCAAGGCAAAUCUACAACUUGCUUGGCAGAGGCUAACAUCAAGCUUCAAGAUAUAUAUAGAAUUGGAGAGAAUGGAUUCAUGCCAUUAUUCGGACCCAGCUUUAUAAAUUUCCAUUACAGCGCUUCUACAGGCAUGGAAUCACAUAAUUAUAAAUAUGCCUUACGUCUCCAUUGCUCUAUAGACACAGUUGAUUACACAGUAUCCGAAGGAUCCAAGGGCAUUACUUCAAAUGCUUCUUAUUUCAAUACUGGAAAACAUAUCAAAGACGAUUGUUAUACCUUGUAUUGCGCAUUCAGCACUUGUAAUCAGAUCAACCCGUUGUUUGGCUCUAACAGUAUAUCGUUCCAUGUUUCUAUGGGACAAUUUGGCAGUGUCGGGAUGAACAAUCGGUCUGUAAACUGUUGUACAAUUGGGACUAUGCCCGUGACGGAUGAGUACAGGUACUUCUCCAUGCCUUGGGGUAAUCACAAGCCUGUAGCCAAGUUCGAAUGUUUUUUUGAAAAUAUUGAAUAUCGUAUGCAUCAGAGCAAUGCCAUUUUGAAGGUUAGCGAUAUGUUCAGCCAGAUGUUGAAGUUAAUACAAAAACGUAGUCAAAAUGAUGCAGCUUUAGCGUCAUCCUAUUUCAUUGAGUCCUUAGAGCAUGCCAGACAUAUUAUGAAGAGAUUGGAAUUGAAUCAAUUAGAGAAGAUCAAUAAUGAUUUUGAUAGAAAAAUAGAAAACUUCAGAAAACACUCUUUCGAGCUGAUAUUAAAAGAGAUAAACUCAUUGAGAAGUUUAUCGGUUGAGAACAUUGAUGCUGCUACUCAAGAAGCGGGCCGUGCAAUUACUCAACUUAAUGAGACAUUGAAAAGUUUGGCUCGAGAUAUUCAGAUGUCUCUGCCUGAUAUUACAAUUCAUAUGGUUGCCGAUGGUAAAGUAGUCGGCUAUUCCCGUGUACCAGUACAAGAGGUUCUUUAUCAUCCAAACGAUGCAUAUCGAGGCUUAGACUGUGGCAGAGUUCGACCUCUUCGACUUAAAUGGGUAACAAAUAGCAGUAAAUAUAAUCGUCUAGAAGAAUUUGUUGGUAUACUCCACGCCAAAAUUUGGUUUGGAAACUCAGCUCAAAUAGCCAAUCUACGGAUGUUCACUCAACCGGGAGAACUGAAAUGUUUCGAUGAGAUAUUUCAGUAUGAGAAAAAAUCAGUAACCAAACAAUGGGAUAGUUAUGGACCAGAGUUUACUGAUGAAGAAUGUGCAUCAUCAACGAAAGAGUUCGUUCGAUCGGGCAAUUGGAUGGUUAAAAAAACUCAAGAAAUGUGGAUUUCAGCUAACGUCAAUACUCCGGCCACUGUGGUGGACAAGAUAUAUGAACUGCAAGAGAGGAUAGAUGGAAAAUGGGUCGACAGAAUGAACACCGAUUACUUCGGAACGAAGAUAUGCACAACUAGCCCACCGAAAGGUUAUGAAUAUAAAGGGAAGUUCCAUAUAGACCCUCAUACAAACAAAGGUGAUCAAAAUGGUUGGCUUUAUUCGUCUCAAAUGCAAUUUUGGGGAAACACAAUAUUGGAUAAGAAUGACAGACCUUGUUAUCGCUUUCGAAGACGUUGUCUCACACGAAUUUGCAAAAGAAUAGUUUCAAGCAGCAAAACUCUUGAAGAAUUUAAAACAGAGUUUCCUCAUCAAGAAUGGGAGUACUCGAGAGGGAUCUCAUUGGCUUAUCACUCUACCGAUUUGAACGAUGCAAAUUACCGUCGACGGAUUUUCUUCGUUGAGCAGGAAGAUGAACGUAGUAAGGCACUGCCACGAAUGUUUGAGAUUCAUAACUGCACAACAAUUUGGCAACUACGAUGCUACAUAUUGUGGGCAAAAGAUUUGCUACCGUUGGUUAAAGAUACAGUUGGUCUCUUUGUUCGAAUCACAUUUUUGCAUCGAACUACCCAAACGUUAGUCGUCAGUAAGUCGCAAAAUCCUAUCUGGAACGAAACUCUGCUUUUUGACAAGUUUCCAAUUCCUGGAGCAAUUCAUGAAAUUUGUUUAAAUCCCCCUAUAAUCAAUAUAGAAAUUCGUGGUGAGAAAGCUGAUAAUUCUGAGUUGUUCCUUGGAAGUUUCCAAGUUUGUCCCACCGUUGUGGCAGAUGCUUUAGAUGAACGUGCCAAACUUGAGUGGAACUUGCUAAUGUAUCAGAAAGAAAAAACAAAGGGAUCCCUUUUAUCAUCUUUUGAGCUGUUUCACACUAGCCAAGCAAGUAACGUCACUCCCAACCUGCCAACAAAGAAAAGCUCCCAAAAAGCCCGAUUUGAUAUUCCACCUGAAAUAAAACCGAAGUUCCAGCGAUAUGCAGUUCAUAUUCUGUGUUGGGGCCUCAGAAAUAUCACCAAAAAUCUGAAAGUACGGAAGCCAUUUUUGAAAAUAUUGGUUGGAAAUCGAGAUUUCAAAACGGACGUUAUUCAUAACUUGAAUAUCAAUCCGAACUUUCCGGAACCCAUAAUCACGUUUCCAGAAGUUCACUUACCUCAAUCAUUGGAGUUGUCGCCUCCGAUUGUAAUCAACUUGUACGAUUCCCAGUCUUUUGUACGUCAACGUCUGUUGGGUGUGUGUCAACUCUCGAAGUAUGAUAGAUAUAUCGUUCCAACUAAAACACAAUCCCGAGAUCUUCCACAGUCCACUUGGAAAGAUUUCGAUGAAGCAGUUCGCAAAGAUACUGAUAAAGACGAAACGCUUAUGAAACUACAACCAGCUAAGGCUGAAACCUUCGAUUGGUGGAGUAAGUACUAUGCCUCUCAAGGGGAUACGGAAAAAGCUCCGCAAUAUCUCGAGUCUGGUGCAGAAGGAUUGAACGUUUUGGAUUGUAGCCUUGAAGACCAUUAUGGGCGGAACGGUUUUAUUGAAUUUCUUGACCGCUUCCAGUUCAUACGUUGUCAAAAAGUUGUGAAAGACUACGAUGACAUUGAGUUCAUGGGAGAGCUUAAAGGGAAGAUAUUCAUCAAUCCAUUCACUCAUAAAGACCAAGAGACAAUUGAUCCACCAAGUGUUGAGUUUAUGGGUCCCGUGAAAUGUUGUGUUCGUGUUUACAUUAUUGAGGCAAACGAUCUCGUUUCUGUUCGAACAAAUGGUCUUAUCAAUCCGUACAUUGUAGUUCAAUGUGGAGAUCACCAGCAAAGCUUUCGCGAGUUUUAUCAACCUGACUCUUCCAAUCCAGUGUUCGGACAGUCAGUAGAGUUACAAUUGACGGUUCCGGUACAAAAAGAUCUUCAAAUUCAUGUUCUCGAUCGCCAUAGCUUAUUCGCUGAUGAAAGAAUUGGCACAACUUCCAUUGAUCUUGAAGAUCGUCUGUUCAGCAAAUGGCGGGCUACAGUUGGACUACCUUGCCAAUACAAUACGAGAGCUGCUUCUGUUUGGAGAGAUCAAAUGAGUCCAAUGGAAACUUUGAAAAAAUAUUGUGUGAAAAUGGAAAUACCCGAACCGAAGGUUAUUGAAUCAGAUGGAGAUAUUGGUUUAGAAGUUAUGGGAUGUACACUGUGGUAUUCCAAAAUCGAGAAUGACUUUCUUCAAAAUGACAGUUUGCUCAAAAGGAGAUGGGUAAACAGAGAUAAGGCUCCAUCUGAAAGCUGUACUCAUUCUCCAAAGUGUACAAGCCAGUUGUGCAUAUCUAGUUUGCUGAAGAGUGGAACAGUUUCUAAGCCAUUAGAUCGUGAUCAGCUGAUCGAAACCCGUUGUUUUAACAGAAAGAAAAGGCUUGGGAGUCGUCUUCAAAACGUAGCUUUACAUGUUUUAAAUUCGAUGAAACUUGUACCCGAACAUGUUGAAACCCGAACUUUAUAUUCUCUGCUAUCAGGAAAUCGUGCAUGCGGCCGCUUACGAAUGUUUGUUGAUAUAUUUCCGAUGGAUUACGGGCCAGUUCCACCUCCUAUCGAUAUAACGCCCAGAAGACCUCUCGACUAUCAGAUCCGUGUUUGUAUCUUCAAUGUUGCCAAUCUAAUUCCCGUUCGAGAGAGUUUCGGACAACCAAUCACGGAUCUCUACGUAAAAGUUUACAUGAACCAAUCCAAUGAUAUCGAGAGGACAGACGUUCAUUACAGGGCCGAUGGAUAUGCUGAGUUCAAUUGGAGAUUCGUAUAUAACAUCAAGUUUGAUCCAUACGAGAACAAAAUCAUCAAUUCUGCAAAGUCAGGACUGUUCGGGAAAAAGAAGGAGACUUUAGUAGACCCAGUACUUAUAGUUGAGUUGUGGGAUAAGAGAAGGUUCAAAGAAGACACAAAGAUUGGCGAAAUGCAUUUUGAUAUUACGAAUUUCAAAGAAGGUUACACAGAUCCUCAUCAAAUAUUGAGCUUAAAAAACCGAAGAAGACACUGUUGUACUCCUAGAAUGUGCGUCUGCAAUGUGACGUGUUGUAUGGCAUCCUGUAAAAAUAAGAAAAAUAGAGCGCUUCCAGGAACACCUUUCGAAGUUAGUGAAGACAGCAUGAAACUAUCUCUUCUCGAAACUGAUGUGUGUCGUGGAUGGUGGCCAGUAGUCACCAAUAUUAAACCCGAAAACAACGGUGCUCUUAAAAAGAAAAACGACGAUAUUUCUCACGGAUAUAUUGUGACAGGCUCGGUUGAGAUGGAGCUCAGUUUGUUAACAGCCGAGGAUGCUGCGCAAGACCCUGUCGGCAAAGAUCGUAAAGAGCCCAAUCAUAGCCCUUAUCUAGCAAAACCAUAUCGCUCGACGUGGAACACGUUCUAUAUCACAUCGCGCGUUCGUCCUUUCUUUGGAUGGUGUUGUCAUUCUUUCGCACCUCAAAUCGUGCUUUGGAUUAUUAUGGGCACUUUAUUGUUCUUUACUAUUUAUGGUAUUAAGUCCGUUAUGAAAGAGUUUGGUAUACCUAAUAAAAUUGUGAUUGCCGGAACAUCAGCUAUGAAGCUGAAUGAUAGAUUCUCAAAUUUGCCUCCUCCUCGUAAGAAUGUUAUUCAUGCAAAGCCUAUGGAUGCAAUUGUCACUACUGAAGUUUACAACCCUUUUGCUCGUAGAGAGCAACAGCCGUUUCGCUUUCAAGAGACUAUUCCUAGGAGGCGUCUCAGAGGCUCUCAGAGACCUCAAAAUUUUGCCUCAAGAAUGCAGAAUGUUCCUAUCGAAUCUAGGCUUUCGAUACCUUUCCUCGCAAAUAGAGGUAGACCUGUAGCUAGAGGAGGACGUGGAAUUGGUAGAGGCAUCGCACGUGGUAAAGUAGUGAAGACUCAAAAUCCUGUAGUCUCCAAUGAGGCAAGAUCUGCGUUCAGAAACAGAGGACUUAAUAACAAGCCUGCAAGACGUGGUGCAAAACCAAUUAGGGGAAAGAAGCCUCAGAGCCAGAACGAAAAUUUUGGAUCAAAGAAAUCAGUCGAGCAACUUGACCAAGAAUUGGAUGAUUACAUGCGUAAAAAGAAACAUGCCCCUAUCAUCAUCUGA